AUGGAUGCUCCUGAUCAACGGAAACAAGACGUUCUUCUGAGUAUGAGCCCCACGGACUUGAAGGAGCUUCAAGGAGAUUACCUUGUAUUCGAAAAGGCCGAGAAUCCUGGAUUGGCUGCGGAGGCCGCUCAAGUUCGGGUUGUCGAUCUUGACGGCAAUGAGUGCUGCCUACCCAAGAAGCGGUGCCAGACAUGGUUUGAGCUCUAG